CACAACUGUCUCUCAAAUUCGCAGCAACUGAUCUGCUUGCAAACCCUAACCCUAUUUCGUCUUUCUCUCUCUCACUCUCAAGUCUCAAUGGCGAGAACCAAGCAGACAGCUCGCAAGUCUACCGGCGGGAAGGCUCCGAGGAAGCAGCUGGCGACGAAGGCAGCAAGGAAGUCGGCCCCGGCCACCGGCGGUGUCAAAAAGCCGCAUCGUUUCCGCCCUGGUACCGUUGCGUUGAGAGAAAUCAGGAAGUACCAGAAGAGCACGGAGUUACUGAUCAGAAAGCUUCCAUUCCAGCGCCUUGUCCGUGAGAUCGCUCAGGACUUCAAGACUGAUCUCCGUUUCCAGAGCUCCGCUGUGGCGGCACUUCAGGAAGCCGCUGAGGCGUACCUCGUCGGUCUCUUUGAGGAUACGAAUCUGUGUGCCAUCCAUGCUAAGAGGGUCACGAUAAUGCCUAAAGAUAUCCAGCUUGCUCGCAGGAUUCGUGGCGAGAGAGCUUAGGAUGCUUUUGUGGUUUGAUUGGGGGAAAAGAAAAAAAAAAAAAAUAUCCUUUUUUUAUUCCUCCUUGUUAUCCAUGUUUACUGAUCUUCUUCUCACUCUAUCUUGUUGGAGUUAUCGUUGGAUGUAACAAAGUUUGGAAUUUUUAGUCUUAAAUCUUUA